AGAAACGAAACUUAUGGAAGAGGAAACAAAAUACUAAAUAAUUUACGAAUGCCGCGUUCAACACAACUGGGAACUCGAAUUAUCGAUUUGGACGACGGUCAACUAACUCGGAAUUUCAACUGGGGAACUUGUGCCUCUUUCUAGAGAUCCGACUUUCCGACCUGAAGUUCACUGACGUCAUGAUUUCCCCUCGUAUAUUUCCGAGUUUCCAGUUGUUCUGAACGUGGCAGAAGAGAACCGCCGGACCUCGAUGUGCCGCACUCUAGAUUCACCAAACAGUCGCACAGACACACUGGAGCAUGGCUUGUCAGCAACCCUUCUUCAAUCCGAGAUUGCCAUUCACUGGCUGUAUCCAGGGAGCUCUGCAUGAGGGGAAGACCAUCACUGUGACAGGGAGAGUCCUGCCAGGAUCCCAGAGGUUUUAUGUGAAUUUGCAAUGUGGCUCAAGAGGAAAUCCCGACAUAGCCCUCCACUUCAACCCCCGAUAUGAUGAAUCCAAAGACGUUGUGGUCUGCAACACCAUGCAGCACUCUAAGUGGGGCCCAGAGGAGCGUGAAUACCCAGCAUCCAUGACCCGGGGGGCCAACUUUACCCUCAUGUUCCUGGUCAACAGAGAUUCAUAUUCGCUGAUUGUGAAUGGUGCUCACUUCAUGGAGUACCUGCACCGGCUGUCGUCCUCCAGAGUGGACACCAUCUUCGUGGAUGGGGGAGUGGAGAUCCAAUCCAUUGCCUUCUCCAACCCUGCAGUGACACCACCUCCUCCCCAACCAGGAUAUCCUGUCCAUCCACACAGUGGUCAACGGAACCGAACUAAAUCUCAUCAAAGUAAAUCAUGUCCCAAAACUCCUCCUCAAUGGUGUAAUGCCACACAGGCUUUCUCGGCUGCGUUUUGCGCCCCAGGAUUUUUUCAGACACCCCCUCCAUACACCCCCCAGCCAUCCUUCGUUGUGCCAUAUAAAAAUAUAAUGGUAGGUGGACUUUACCCAGGCAGAAACAUCAUCGUCCAGGGUGUGGUCAACCACAACGCUGAUAGGUUCUAUGUUAACCUGCGUUUCAACUCGGGGGUGGCGUUCCACUUCAACCCCAGGUUUGAUGAGAACACUGUUGUGCGUAAUAGUCUCCUGAAGGAACAGUGGGGUCCAGAGGAGAGGAAAGGGGGCAUGCCCUUCUACAGAGGCCAGCCUUUUACGGUGACCAUUACGUGUGACACCAAGUGCUACAGGGUGAUGGUGAAUGGAGUCCAGAUGUUCAGCUACAACCACCGCCACUUCCUGCUCCAGCAGAUAGAUAUCCUGGAGGUGGAAGGGGACGUGAGCCUGUCCUCUGUCGUGUUCUAAGUAAUGACUCUGUCCUCUGUUAUGGUUUGAGUCACAUACACUGGGGUCAAAGGUCAACAGGUGUAGGAUCUGAUCAGGACAUUAUAAAGACCGAUGGGUGAGAAACCAUCUCUUCUGUGUGUGGAUGUUUUGCUAUGUGGCUGAUGGCGAAUGUUGAUAUCAUGUUGGGCAAGAUGUUUUAAUCAAUAUUUUUUAUCUCUUUCAUAAACUAUUUAAUUUAGAGUAGACUAUGUAAAAUAUUGUCUUCUAUUUAUCAAAUUCCACAUACUUACUGUAUGUAUGUUCUCUCUGUACCGACAAUGUUUCUACAUCAAAUAAACUUCAAUAUUGGAACUAA